GCAGAAUGCCGGUGGGGAAAAAGAUAAGGCUGACACGAUACUACUGACAUCCAUGACUUUUGAUUUGACAGAUCGAUGCGAGUAUUCCAAUGUACAUUGGGAACUCAUGACAAGGCUCAUCAGCGAUUAUUUCCCUUAUUAACUUUAAUAAGAUAGACGGUUACUGACUGAACUUAAGUUUAUUCGAUAGCUGGAAGGAUCUUUAUCUGACGAGAGCACGUAACGUUAACUGCGAGAUAGCUAACUGGCUAAUUAAGCUGUCAUUCGGAGUUUCACGCUCACCGGGAGGGAAUGGAGAAAGCUAAACAGGAUGCAUUUGACAAUGCCAGACUUCAAGUGAUCAAAGAUGGCUAUGAGAGGGCCUUUGAGUGCCUCAAUAAAGGGCUGACAGCAGAUGAAGCUGGAGACAAGGCAGAGGCCCUGGAGCUCUACAAGAAAGGGCGGCAGCACCUUCUCAGGGCCAUCAGUGUGCCCUCGCGGGGAGAGGAGUGUGUUGGUAGCUCCUGGGAAUCAGCCAGACAGAUGCAGCAGAAGAUGCAGGAGACGCUGAACAACAUCACCACUCGCAUGGCCAUAUUAGAGACCAGCUCUGACGUCUGCUCUGGAUCCUCACUGAGCUCCAGUAGUGGUGUGUCUGGCCUGAGUGCGACAGACAAGUCUGCAGAAGCCCUCUACCCAAAACUCCCUGCCAAAGAGAAGCCACAGAGGCCAGCUCCACCAAACCUACUUUCUGCUAAUGGCCUUGCAGCCGGAGCAGUAGGAGGCAUGCCUGCAUGCAGCAUUGUGGGUCAACCUCUUUCACCUACCAGACAGCUUGUGGUUCCAUGUGACCAGCCUCCAGCUUACUCUGCUCAGGCGGCUGACGGCCACCUCUCUAUCUCAUACGGAACUGAGGCAGGGGAGCUGUCGUUGGUUGGGGAUGAGUUCUACAGUCGUACGUCGAAUUCAACACCAUCUCCCCAGAGCAUGGGUGAAGAGGGAGAGGAGAUGCUGUAUAUCCCUCAUGGGGUUCAGAUAUUCUUUGUCACACCAGAGGGCCAAGUGAGCGCUCCGUCAUACCCCGGCUACCUGCGGCUGGUGAAGUUUACUAGUGAGCACUCUGAAAGAAUGCCCAACAGACCACCAGCAUUUCUGCAGGUGUGUGACUGGCUGUACCCUCUCAUGGCCAUGGACUCUCCAGUGUUGCUGUGUAACACUGGUGUGUUUAUGUUUCCGGACAUGAUGGCGCCAGCUCCGGGCUAUUAUGUGGGGGUGGUGCUAUCCUCUGAGCUGCCUGCUGCAGAGAGAGCGCUGUUCCAGGACCUGCUGUCCCAAAUGACAGAUCUGAGGGUUCAGGCUCCAGAUGAAGCUGCAGACAGCAUUAAUCUCAGUCAAAAGGUGUCCAUCGUUCCAACUGAGGAGACUGCGCCAGCUACGACAGAGGAGGGGGAGGAGGAGAAGGCUCUGCCCGAGUGGAGUGAAAAGGUGGCAAAUGGGAUUCUGACAGGUGCAUCCUGGUUAAGCUGGGGCCUGGUGAAAGGAGCCGAGUUCACGGGCAAGGCCAUUCACAAGGGGGCAUCUAAACUCCGAGAACACAUCACCCCAGAGGACAAACCCACCCACGUUAGCCCCACAGUCACCAAAGGCCUCCAUGUUGCCAAGCAAGCGACGGGGGGAGCUGUCAAAGUCAGCCAGUUUCUAGUGGACGGUGUGUGUACUGUCGCUGGCUGUGUGGGUCGGGAGUUGGCUCCACAUGUGAAAAAACACGGAGGAAAGCUGAUUCCAGAGUCCAUGAAGAAAGACAAGGAUGGGCGUUCUAACAUAGAUGGAGCCAUGGUGGUGGCAGCUAGCGGAGUGCAAGGAUUUGCAACCAUGUGGACUGGUUUGGAAGUAGCAGCAAAAAACAUCACUACGAGUGUCGCAUCAGAGACAGUCACCACUGUAAAACACAAGUACGGUGACGCAGCAGGACACGCCACAGACCACGCUGUCAAUUCUGCCAUUAAUGUCGGUAUCACUGCCUUCAAUAUUGACAACCUGGGGAUCAAAGCUGUGGUGAAAAGGACUGGUAAGCAUACAGCGCAGGCCAUUUUGGAAGACUACAAUAUUCAGGAAAAACCAGAGAAUGGGAAGCAAGUGGAGAAAUCUGAAAAAUAGCCAGUAGUGCUAUGCCUCUUUCCCUCGCUCAGCAAUGCCUUAAAGCAUAAUUUGUAUUCUUUGAUCAAAUAAAUCUAUAUUUAAUAUUCUUUAUUUAUGAUAUGUUUUAUAUUUACAAAAUAACUACUGUUAUAUGCAUAUCAUAUAGUUUGAUACAGCUCAUAAGCACUUUAAUCUUAAUAUGAAAUAUAGAUGGACCUAGACAGAGAAACAGCAGAUUAUAUAAUUCAAAAAUACAUACACUGUAUUGAUACACAAUAUAGAAGUGAUUUUGUAAAUUGGUGGGUUGAUAUGUAGUUUCAUAACAUUCAGGUAUUAUCACUUAACUUGUAAGAUAACAAUUUCACUGUACAAAGCAUUGGAUUGCGGUUGACUAGCCACUGACAUCUUUUCUAAUUUUUAUGAAGUUUCUGUCUGUGUUAGUUUUUUUUUACCCUGAUAGGGUAAGUGAAGUUUGUCUACUUUGAAUAAAAUAACAAAUAAUAUUAUCUGUAUGUCAGUAUCUUCAGAUAUAAACUGCUUAAGACAAAAAAAAAAGUCUGAUAUACUGUUGUUUUUCCCCUGUGGUGUUUAAAAUAAGAAGUAAUCACUGCUGCUCACUGUGCCUGCAAUUAUAAAAUGAUAUGCAAGAAUCUAAUAUUUUGUAAAACUGCAACUUGUCUAUGUAUUUUUGUUGGACCUUCACUCGUUGCAAGACAGUUGUUGCCUCUCGUCAAUGAGGGUUACUUAGAAUUAAGUUUGCAAGAGGAGUCUAAAACUGUAAAAGUGGUUUGUUUUUGUUCUGCUACAUUCUGCAAUGCUGUUUUGAAUAUUUCACUUGAGCUGUUCCCACAUAUUUUCAAAAUGGUGAUGUUUAUAAUAUUUAAUAUAAAACUAUAGAUUGCAUUAUUUUGAUGUAUAGACAAAACCUUUAACAAAAUGUGACUUUUGAAGUGUGAUGCUAACUGUUUCCAAACCAGCUAUUUGUUUGCUUUAUGAGUGAAGUGAUCUGGUUUUUUGUUGUUUUUUUCUCAUUUUACACUUCAGCUUUAAGCCCUCAGCAGGUGAUUGUUGCAUAUUAAGAUUACUUUCCAACUUGAAAGACUGAAACUUUUCUGAAAAAAUAAAACGAUUAAAAGAAA